CCUCAGGUUCAGCGACAUGCCUUUAAAAUUAGAUAUAAAAAAUAACAAUUACAAUGUGUGUCCGCGGACAUCACUUUUAGUGUAUCAGCUAUCAGAUACAACAUCGAGAGCCACCGUUUUGUCAAUCUUGACAACUGGUUUUGUACCUCUGAUCCUCGCUAUGAGGAGUCUGUAGUGUCGGCACCUUCAGCGUUGUGGGUGGUCUUCUGCAGCCAAGCCAUCCAUACGCGUCAUCCAGACAUUCGCAGUCAGUAGUUUUUGUCCGAUAUACGGGUGGUUACUUGAGCCCAUCCUGAGAAUGUCGCUCACAUGCGUCAAGUCAGCUUUCUCUCAGCUCCCGGCAUGGGGCUCUCCUGGAGGGAAUAUGACAAGUGGUUAACACGCGCUAGUGAGCUCUCUCCACACCUGUACAGUGUACAAAGUGGGGCGAAUCUGAUGCUAUUUCGCCAAUCUGGCUCAACUCCACUGGCCGCGGCAUCACCACUCACCAGCGUAUCAGCAAGGUAGGAGCUGGGGCGUUCGGGGUGCGGAGUUCUCAACUCCUGUGUUUCCGGUGGAUGCACGCACGGUCGCUGCCACUACAGCCACUCCUGGCGUGUCUGCCGCGGAAACCACGGCGCUCUCCGCUGCCCCCGCCGCAACGCCAUUCGCAGCCAGCGGCCGGUCACCCCUCACGCCGCCCUACUCGCUCCUCGGGAAUAGCAGACUACCCGCUGGCAGAGUGCCCGCCAUCAGCGUGCCACAUGUCGUUCUUCGUGAGCUUCUUAGUAGCUAUAACUUAUUUCUUGCGCCCUAUGUUGGUGUAAGACUUCGAAAACUGCUUCAUAAUUGGAUGUUUGGGGGCUGCUCUCAGUAGCAAGCGGCCAAAUCUAUUUUCAUUCGUGUGAUCCGUCGCCCAUUAUAGUGGAUGCAUAUGUCAAUUGCGAUAGACGCGCGGGUCGCAUUGCCGGUCCUGCUUCCUCAAGCAGUCAAUGGAUAAGAAAGUUUUUCCCGAGCAGACUUAUUCCCGAAAACGCCGGGGAUGUAACACUUUAACCGCUACCUCUCCCUUCCGGAGGCCGAUCUGUUAAUGAAUUUAUCCCCACCUUAUAAGUUAGAACACAGACACUUAGAAAUAGCGACCCCCAAAUAUAGCUGACUCAUAGACAAUCCUCUCGGACGGAUGGUUUCUGUGCUGAUAUUUUUUUUUCAAAGACGGCAUUCAUGACGUCUCUGAAUUCGCUUCAGCGCAUGUGCAGCGAGCUCCACGUUCCUUUUUGCUCUAGCAAGGCAAAGGAGCCCUACCGUAUCCUCACAUUCCCACGUAAAGAAUGUUUUACAUUCCAAGUUCUUAAUGAGUACUGUAGAUACAUCAGCAUGAGUGCGUCCAGCGGGCAGAAAGUGAAGCUCCAGUGUGAUCACCGGGGUAGGACGGAUUAGGCUCGCUAUUAACGCUUAAAAAUCUCCCCUAUCGCGACGUUCAAAUCUUACAUUCGUUUCAUAACUUGCGUGCGUGGGUGGAUCGGCCUUGGGAGUGUUUUCCUACGCCGAACGUAUGAUCUGCACCAAGGCGCGUUCCGUCCGUACCAUCGCAUGGCGGUCAGAAAGACAGCACGUUUGGAUCUCAGGGCAUGGCCGAUGAUGUUGGUCCUUUUUUGCCCAGGCCAUGGGACUGGGGCUACCACGUCCCCGUAAUCCAUAGAAGUGUUCAGGGCAGUGGCGCUGGCUCCUGCUACGACACGAGCCUAUCACGCUGUCUGAAAGGAGCAGAACUUUCCUCGGGAGUCGGCUUCUGACAGCCUGUUUCUAGUCAGCGUCACAAAUGUUGACAACCUUUGGCCAAGCAGAGUUUUGCGUACUGCAAUGCUUUUGCUAGAGCUGGGACAGCUAUGUAACGCUCGCCGGCAAGUCACCAUGUUUCGUUCAAAUUGCUCAACGUUCCAUGCCAUUUUCACGCUGUUUUUUUGCCCCUCUCCGUCGCGGCGAAAUGGUCCGUUGCGGGCUACAGGAACAUACUGGUGCACUUGCAGUACCAUAGAGUCCUGGCCACGACGCAGUUGUAGUAUUCCGUGCUUCUUCCCGUGCUCUCUUUCCGGUGCGUGUUAGUCGCCAUGCUCCACUGAGCGUUGGUCGUCGUGCCAGUUUGGCCAGAGGAUUCAUGUAAGUGAUUCUCCUGGCUCUCUUGCUGUGCACUGGUCCGAAAGGAAAGGUUGCCAGUUCCGCCAGCCGAACUUUCUCUUUGCACUGUUCAGCCGUGCGCUGGUCCAAGAUUGGUGCCAGUUACGCCGGCCGAUUUUUCGUUGCACUGCUCAGCUGUGCGCUGGUGCCAGUUACGCUGGCCGAUUUUUCGUUGCACUGCUCAGCCGUGCGCUGGUCCAAGAUUGGUGCCAGUUUCGCCGGCCGAUUUUUCAUUGCACUGCUCAGCCGUACGCUGGUCCAAGAAAGGUGCCAGUCUCGCCGCUACACUGCUCAGCCGUGCGCUGGUCCAAUAUUGGUGCCAGUUACGCCGGCCGAUUUUUCGUUGCACUGCUCAGCCGUGCGCUGGUCCAAGAUUGGUGCCAGUUUCGCCGGCCGAUUUUUCAUUGCACUGCUCAGCCGUACGCUGGUCCAAGAAAGGUGCCAGUCUCGCCGCUACACUGCUCAGCCGUGCGCUGGUCCAAGAUUGGUGCCAGUUACGCCGGCCGAUUUUUCGUUGUAAUGCUCAGCCGUGCGCUGGUCCAAGAUUGGUGCCAGUUACGCCGCUACACCGCUCAUGCAGCUGCGCGCUGGUCCAAGUUUGGUGCCAGUUACGCCAGCCGAAAUUCGCGACACGAAUGUUCUGUAGUCCCUGUUCUGCUGAUCUCCCCCGUGCUAUAGCAGCGCAUUACUCUCAACGUAAUGUAACUCGCUGGGGCUUCCGUGUAUGCAGCAGAUGUAGUUUUGCUAAUUUACAAGCACGCUGCGUGUGUUGCGGACCAUGUGCUGGUGUUGAAGCGAGCUGCGUCUCACGCGCUCCUCAGUUACCGUUUGCGGCUAUUGUAUGUUGUGUGCCGGACAUGCGCCGGGUGAAUGCAUUUGUUUUACUUUUAUGCAAAUUUUUAUCUGCACUUAAUUUUGCUAAGCUUACCUGCCUACGCAUCGUUCUCGGGUUCGUGGGGGUAAUGGGCUUUUCCUCACCCAAAGGCAUUGUUGGAGUGCACAAUACAUAGACCCAUAAUCACAACAACGCCUUUGCGAGCUCGAACGAAGCGUAGAAAUGUAACAUUAUUGUGGUGACUUGAUGUAAAUCAAAUGCGUGUGACAUGGAUCCGGCGGUAUCCGGCUACCCGCCGCCCUCCGCUAGCGCCACGCCUGCCGGGUAGGCUGACCCGGGCGGGGCGGCCGACCGCCGGGUCGCGGCGGCGGCCUGACCUUGGGGUCGUCAGUCGGGUCGGGAGCGCAGCGGCCGCCGGGCUGUGGUGUAUUGGUAUGGUGUCAGUGGUCGCCGAAUACAGAUACACUUCAUUGGCGACGAGGAUGAGAUGGCGUCGUUCGGCAGCAUCGGACCGUAUGAAGCGGGACGAGCGGAGUCCUGGGAUGAGUACUGCGAGAGGCUGGAUCAAUUUUUCAUCGCAAAUGAAGUAAGUGACCCUGCUAAGCAGAGAGCAAUUUUCUUGAGUGUUGUCGGCGGGGAAACUUACGGGAAGCUAAGAUCCCUUGUGGCCCCUCAGAAGCCAGGUGAGAUGCCGCUCAAGGAACUGUUGACUCACUUGCAACGCCAUUUUGAGCCAAGGCCUUCAGAAACAGUGGCCAGAUUCAGAUUUUUUACUUUUUGUCGGGCUGAGGGUCAGUCUGUGCAAGAUUACAUUGCAAAACUGAGGAAGCUGUCUGAACAUUGUAAUUUUGGUUCUUUCUUGUCCGCCAUGAUUCGAGAUCGGUUAAUUUGCGGAGUCAACUCGGACGCUAUUCAGACGCGUCUAUUGUCUGAAAGUAAUCUCACACUGGAACGAGCUACCGAGAUCGCUGUGGCUUUGGAGGCUGCUGGCCAUGAUGUUCAGGAACUGAGAAGUGGUUUCAGGGACAGAGAAGGUGGCAGCAUCCAGGUCUCCACAGCGGACGUGCACCGAGUCGACAGAGCUCCUCGAGCGGCGGCAGAAGCGGGAGCCGACCGAGACAGGAGCACCAGGCGCUGGGGAGCCGGAGUUCGUCAGGUGACUGGUCAGAGGAGUGCAGGCGAUUCUCGCAAACCAAGUAAGUCCAGCGCAUCCGUUGCGUCCGGAAAUGAUGCCAAAUACCGGUGCUGGAGAUGCUUAAGUGGGCAGCAUCUUGACCGUAACUGCCCGUUCAAACUAAGACGCUGUUUCGAGUGUUCUAGGCUUGGACACACGCGAGCGGCUCACAGAGCAGGAACGGUUCACGUUGUAGAAGAAGACUUUGAGGUAGAGGCAGCUGAGCCGGCAGCUGAACAAGUUGGUCAGGUUGACGAAGAUGUUUAUGAUUUGUUCAGCUGUAAUAGUGCAAGCAAACGGCCCCCUAUUGUCAUUACAGCUGAGUUGAGUGGCAAACCAGUCCAGAUGGAGCUCGACACAGGCGCUAGUGCAUCACUGAUCAGUGAGGAGCUCUAUGAAAGUAUGUGGCCUGCCAGUGACCUUCCAUUGCAGGACUGUCCGCAGCGGUUCCGUACCUACACCGGCGAGGAGAUCAAGAUCCGAGGUGUCGCCGAGGUUGACGUCGCUGUUGAUGGUGCACCUGCGGUUCGACUACCGCUCAUGGUGGUCCAUGGAAAGGGCCCCAGCCUGUUUGGCCGCAACUGGCUUGAGAAGAUACGGCUGAACUGGAACAAGCUGUUCGAAGCAGAUCCAGAUCUGGACACAGGCGGAUCCAGUGCUGUCACGCGUCCUGGAGCUCACCAGAAACGGCUGGACGGCAGAUGCUGCGGACAACACAUCAGACCUGAAGCCGUACAUCAACAGGCAAGCUGAGUUGAGCAUCGAAAAUGGUUGCGUUUUGUGGGGCAGUAGAGUAAUCAUACCGCCACAGGGUCGUCACGCUAUGUUGUGUCAGCUGCAUGAGGGUCAUUUUGGUGUGGCCCGCAUGAAAAGUUUUGGCAGGAUGCACUUCUGGUGGCCGGGCUUUGACCAGGACGUAGAGAGGAUGGCUGCAGGAUGCCGUAGCUGCCAACGCUGGAGGAAUGCGGCGCCUCCAACGCCUCUGCAUCCAUGGGAGUGGCCCCGCUCUCCCUGGCAACGGCUCCAUGUCGACUAUUGCGGACCUGUCAACGGGGUGAUGCUUCUUGUCAUCAUCGAUGCUCACAGUAAGUGGAUGGAUGUGCACAUGACCAGAACAUCCUCGGCUGAGGUUACCAUUGAAAAGUUGAGGGAAACAUUUGCAUGUCACGGAGUUCCGGAGACUGUGGUCACAGACAAUGCCAGAUACUUUGUGUGUCCGGAGUUUAAAACGUUUUGUAAGCGAAAUGGAGUCAGACAUGUCACCUCUCCACCGUACUCGCCUCAUUCAAACGGUCUUGUGGAGAGAGCUGUGCAGACGCUGAAGCAGGGCCUACAACGUCAGUCUACAGGUAGCCUGAGUACUCGUCUGUCGAGGUUUUUGUUCCGCUACCGCAGUAUGCCCCACAGCGUGACGCAGCAGUCUCCCGCUGAGAUGCUCCUCGGCCGGCCAAUGCGGACUCAGCUGGACCUGCUGCGUGAAGACGCCAGACGGAGCGUGAUGGAGGCGUACCAGAGGAAGCAGAAGGCUCAGUAUGACGUGAGAGCACAGCCUCGCAUAUUCCAGGUGGGAGACAAAGUGUACAUGUAUGUUCUUCCUCCCGCUACGUCCGGCCCGAGGUGGCUGCCCGGAACAGUCCGACAGGUCGAUGGCUGUUCAUGUUGGAUUUUGCUGGAGGAUGGGAGGACCUUCCGCAGACAUUUUGAUCAUGUGAGACUCAGACCCGUUCCCCUUCCAGACGUGUCGGUGCCGAACCACGAGUACCGGCGGACGAUGGUGCCAGAUGAGCCUCCGGACUCCUCUGCUCUGGACAGCGCCGCUCACGCCGUCGCCGGAGAAUCCAGAGACGCGACUGUGGGCGGUGCGGAGGCGUCAGAGACCGGCGCCCUCCCCUCUGAGAAGUGCGCGGACGUCGGACGACAUCCCUCGACGUCGUCGCCGUCUCCGCCGUCGCGGUUCGAGGCUGCGACCGCUUCUGCGCCGGUGCCGCGUCGUUCAGCGCGGGAGAGGCGUUGCCCAGUGCGAUUCCGGGCGGGGCAGUCUAAUCCUGUGGGGGAGGAGUGUGGUGACUUGAUGUAAAUCAAAUGCGUGUGACAUGGAUCCGGCGGUAUCCGGCUACCCGCCGCCCUCCGCUAGCGCCACGCCUGCCGGGUAGGCUGACCCGGGCGGGGCGGCCGACCGCCGGGUCGCGGCGGCGGCCUGACCUUGGGGUCGUCAGUCGGGUCGGGAGCGCAGCGGCCGCCGGGCUGUGGUGUAUUGGUAUGGUGUCAGUGGUCGCCGAAUACAGAUACACUUCAAUUAUAAGUCACCUGAUAAUGUUUUUUCUCCGCGGUGAGGGCGAGCGCCGCCCAUGUGAUUGCGUCAUACCGCCCGCUCGUCAGGUCCGCAUGACCCGAGCCCGGGUCAUUCGCGCUCGCAGCGCCGCCGAGAGCAGUCAGCCACUGAGCCGUGGGCUGAGCGCGGCGCUUCCUGCUUUUCGCCAUCCACCUCCCCUCCGCCACCGACGCGACUGUAUUUUAUCAUUCGUGUAAUUGUGCAGCUUCGCGUACAUGCUUGAUGCGUGGUGCAAUGUACAUACCC